AAUCGUGGAGCGCGAGCGCGCAGCAGGAAGCGUGUUGGAUCGCGACCCCCAGCAAUGAGCAACUGGAUCAUCAACCACGGGCUGUCAGCCUUCAUACUGGUGCUGUGGAUGGGCAUCAACACCUUCCUCUUUGUCUACUAUUACCUCUUCUACGACCACGGGCUGCAGUUUCUCUACACCCGACACAUCGUAGGGUCCGGGCUGUCGUGGGCUCGAGCUCCGGCCGCCGUCCUCAACUUCAACUGCAUGCUGAUCCUGCUGCCCGUGUGCCGCAACCUGCUCUCUCUCAUCCGGGGAAAUUUCACGUGCUGCGGGAGAUCGUUGAGGAAGCAGCUGGACAAGAACCUGACGUUCCACAAGCUCGUGGCCUACAUGAUCGCCUUGAUGACAGCCGUGCACACCAUCGCCCAUCUGUUCAACAUGGAGCGCUUCAACAACAGCAGGCAAGGCAAGGGCGACGAGCUGAGCACCGAGCUCUCGGAGUUGGGCGACGAAGCGAACCAAACCUUCCUGAACCCCAUUCGCUCCACUUCCACCACACCGACCUACGUGGUGUUCACCACCAUCGCCGGGCUCACGGGGGUCAUCAUCACCCUGGCGCUCAUCCUCAUGAUAACCUCAUCCAUGGAGAUUAUUCGACGCUGCUACUUCGAGGUCUUCUGGUACACCCACCACCUCUUCAUCAUCUUCUUCGCCGGGCUCGUCUUCCACGGCGCUGGACGUAUCGUGAGAAGCGUGAAAACCACUGACCCACCGCACAACAUUUCCUUCUGCGAAGACCAGCCAGCCAACUGGGGUCUGAUCCCCCAGUGCCCCAUACCGCAGUUUGCAGGUGGUUUCCCACAGACCUGGAUGUGGGUCAUCGGUCCUAUGGUCCUGUACCUGUGCGAGCGCAUCGUCCGGUUUGUCCGCUACAUGCAGACAGUCACGUACCGGAAGAUCGUGAUCCGGCCCUCCAAGGUGCUCGAGCUGCAGCUGGUGAAGGCGGGCUUCAAGAUGGAGGUCGGUCAGUACGUGUUCCUCAACUGUCCGGACAUCUCACAGCUGGAGUGGCACCCCUUCACCAUGACCUCCGCACCCGAAGAGGACUUCUUCAGCGUCCACAUCCGCGUCGUAGGUGACUGGACGGAAAAGCUCAUGAGCAUGGUGGAGAAACUUCCGGAAGGAGCCCAGGGCCCCAAAAUAGGAGUGGACGGCCCAUUCGGCACCGCCAGCGAGGACGUCUUUGACUACGAGGUCAGCAUGUUGGUUGGCUGUGGCAUCGGUGUGACUCCUUUCGCUUCUAUCCUGAAGUCCAUCUGGUACAAGUUCAAAGAGUCAAAUCCCACACUGCGAACGAGAAAGAUAUACUUUUACUGGCUGUGCCGGGAGACCCACGCCUUCGAGUGGUUCGCAGACCUGCUGCAAGUGCUGGAGCGGGAGAUGGAGGAGCGAGGGAUGGGCAGCUUCCUCACGUACAAACUCUUCCUCACUGGAUGGGACCAAAGCCAUGCUGCUCACGUGAAGGUGCAUUUUGACAAAGACACAGACGUGGUUACCGGCCUCAAGCAGAAGACCUACUACGGCCGGCCCCACUGGGACAACGAGUUUACAGAGAUCCGCAACAACCACCCCACGUCAGUUGUUGGUACCUUUCUGUGUGGUCCUGAAGCACUUGCCAAGACCCUGGAGAAGAAAUGUGCAAAGUUCUCAGUGGUAGAUCCUCGCGGGAUAAAAUUCUACUUCAACAAGGAGAACUUCUAACUGGAGCAAAGACCAGUCUGCUGUCAAAGUUACAUUUUUCUGCAGUUAGAUUGAGGCAUCAGCUACAUGCUGGAAUAAGGAUCAAUGAGUGACAGAGCAGUGCUUUCCUCCCCAAGGGCUGCAGGUAAAUAACACACCCACUUGUGGGCACCGACAGACUUCCGCCUUUCAGUGGAUUUUAAUCAGAGACCAGAAUACCCGUUUGACUGCCAAAUCCUACUGGUCACAGCUGUCAAGAUCCAAAACUGUGCUUUCAGAAAUUCCAAGAAAUGCUCAGCUUGCUCUUCCUUCUUUAACAUACUUUCACUUCUGUCAGUAUACUGGAAACAAGAUACAACAACAAUGGUGAAUGUAAACUGAUAACUGAAUGCCAACUGAUUACUGGAUUUGACACAGGUUGAGUAGGGACCGUCUCUGAAAAACAAUCAAACAUACUUCCUUCUCAGACUAAAACAGAAAAUGUGUUUUAUUUCUACUUUUUUUGUAAAGUCAGUUCAGCAUGUAUAUUUGUGCAAAAUGUUACUACUGUAAAUAAACUUAUGGAAUGUUGAAAGGGAGUAGCUGACAUUGUUCAAGUCUAAACCUACAGAUGUUUUCACAUUUAUACUGGGAGCAAAUUAAAUGUUUGCCUUUAUUUUUCACAGAAAGAAAAUAAAAAAAGUGACAGGCACAAUUUUCCUUUAAAAACUGUUCCAAAACUAUACAAAUGUCUGUAAAGUUACAAUACACUGCUAUUUAAGGUAAUGUGAAUGGGCUCAUUUGCAACCCCAAAGGGCUCAUUCUAUCCUUUUAUCACUGGUACAAGGUUCUGACUAAACAUACACCUCAGUUGCUGCACCAUACCACAUACUUCCACCCCUCCAAGUCAUGGAACGACCUAAUGGGGGGGAGAGGA